AUGCUGCAGGAUAAAUAUAGGCCCCAAUCUCUCGAGGCCAUGCAAAGAGUGUCUGCGGCGAAUAUUCUGAAAGGCCUUCCGCUGAGCUCAGUGUCCAACCUUAUUCUGACGGGCCCAGAAGGAGCGGGAAAAAGAACUCUUUUUUCUGCCUUUAUAAAGCACACGCUCCAAAGCACGCCGGUGUUCCACGCAUACACGUCUACGUACGAAGUGUCUCCCUCCAAGUCGGUUGAGGUCGAGUUUUUGGAGAGCAAAGAGGUUCUGGAGGUGAAAAUAGAGGGCCUUGGGGGGUACGACAAGAAAGUGCUGCAGAAGGUCGCGUCAGACAUUUCGGCCACAAAGUCCAUCAAAACCAUAAUAAGCAUGAGCAGCAGCGGCGCCCAGGCCGGGACGCCCAAAGAAGCGGGAGCGAGCGCUCGGGCAAACAUGCCAAAGAUACUUCUCAUACCGGACGGGCAUCUUCUAAGCACAGGGGCGCAGAUGGCGCUUCGAAGGGUUCUGGAAAAGGGUGCUUCGAACUUCCGGCUUGUUAUUUUGACCACGUCGGUGUCGCAUCUGAUUCCUGCAUUCCGAAGCAGGUUUCUGGUGUGCAGAGUCCCGUCUCCCACAGACCAGGAGCUGGCUGAGAUGGUGCGCGAGAUAGCUGUGGCCGAGGGCAUGCCUGUGCCGUGCGAGGCCGUCAACAAGAUAGUGAGCCUGUCGAAUGGAAACAUCCGAGUUGCGCUUUCGCUUUUGGAGCUUGCUAUCCACCGAGAGCCUGUGUCUGAAGCCCCCUGGGACGCAACUAUUUCCAGCCUGGUAAAGGGGAUCCAAACGUCUCCAAGCAUAAAGUUUCUUAUCGAGACGCGAGGCGUGGUGUACUCUCUGCUGACGCAGCACCUCCCGGCAAACCACAUCAUGCUGUCUAUAAUGCAGGGCCUCCUCAAAAAAGAGAAAGCCGUUGACAGAGCCAAAACAAUCACGGAGCUGGCCGCAAAGUACACGGGCAGGCUGUGUGCAGGGACAAAGGACAUGUUCCACAUCGAAGCAUUUAUAGCCAACGCCAUGGUUCUGUACACCGAGUAG